GCAGGAGGAGACAACUAGCAAUGAGGAAAGACAGCAGCCAGAUGAGCAGUACAAAGCCAAGGAGAGGGGUUCAGCUUUGAAUGAUGCUGAGAAGGAGUCUUUCAUCUGGAAUCUGAUAUGGUCCUUCUUCGAUAUUUUGGUGGAAGUGGUGUUUUUGUGACAGUAUAUAAGGAUAUUUCGUUUCUUUCUGUUAAUGGUACUUCCAGUUUGGGUUGUGUGAAUAUUUCACUAAAUACAUUUGUGUGUUGUAACUUAGGACUUGUGUAUGUUUGUAAAUUGAAUGUUUUUGUAAACAGUUAAAAAUAUUCAGCCUUAAUAUAAAAGAGAAAUUCAAAAUACUUUUGCUGAAAUGCUGGAAUAUGAGAAUCAAAUGUUUCUGGAUGUGCUUCAUGAAGAUGGACUUCUGGUUGCUGCUAAGGGUCUAGGAAUUGAGGCAGUCUUCCUUAAUCUUCUGAAGGUGUACUGUGACCCUGGUAACCUGGUAAUAGUUGUGGGUACUACAAGUAAAGAGGAGGAGUUCUAUGUGGCACAGCUGGAAGCACAGGGAGUGAAUCCAUUGCCAAAAGUAAUCACAACUGAAUAUGCUGCAUCUGACAGAGAGAAUGUGUACUUGGCAGGAGGUGUUCUGUUUGUGUCAUCCCGCAUUCUUGUGGUGGACCUGCUCAAGGGCAGAGUUCCUGUCUCACUUAUUACUGGAUUUCUUGUAUGCCGUGCGCACACAGUACUGGAAUCAUGCCAGGAAGCAUUCGCUAUCCGUCUGUAUCGUCAAAGAAACAAGACUGGUUUUGUGAAGGCGUUUUCAUCCUCACCACAAGCAUUCACCAUUGGUUUCUCCCAGGUGGAACAUACUAUGAAAACACUGUUUGUGCGCAACUUGUACCUUUGGCCACGCUUCCAUGCCACAGUCAAUGCCAGUUUGGAGAAGUUCAAGCCACAAGUUGUAGAGCUUCAUGUCCCGCUGACACCAGCUAUGUUAGAAAUCCAGACGGCAGUGCUGGAUCUGAUGAACUUCACUGUCAAGGAACUCAAACACAUCAACCAAACACUGGAUACAGAUGAGCUAACCGUAGAAAAUGCUGUCUCCAAGUCAUUCCACAAAAUCUUACAGAUGCAACUGGAUCCAGUCUGGCAUCAGCUGAGUAUGAAGACUAAGCAGCUGGUUGCUGACCUCAAGACUUUGCGUCAUGUGCUCACAUACCUUACUAAAUGUGACUGUGUGACAUUCAACACACUGGUGAACUCACUGCGAAACACUGAGUAUGCAAUGAAGAGCUCGGGCUGGUUACUGCUUGACUCUGCAGAGACUCUGUUUCUUGUCUCGAAGCAGAGAGUGAUUGGGAAAAAGGAGAUUGACAGUUCGUUAGGUGUGAAGCCAGAAGUAAAUCCAAAAUGGGAAGUGUUAUCUGAGAUCUUGGAGGAAGUGGAUGGGUUAUCAAAGCAGAUAGUCAAGAACGAUCCAUUGUACAACAACAAGGUGCUCGUUCUUGUUGAAGACUCACGGACAUGCACCCAGCUUAAGCAGUAUCUAACAACUGGAACUCACAACACAUUGCGUCUUCUCUAUGAGAAAGAAUUUUGCUGUUCUGUAAAACGAAGUGCUCCUCAGUCCUCAAAAUCGUCUAGCAAACCCGCUGAAGCCGUGGCAGUGCAAGAUGAAUUGAGAAGUGAACUGCAGGAUAAUGAAGACAUUAAAGACAGUUAUACUCUUUCUCAGAGAACAAGAUCAGAUUUGGAGGAAGAAUCCGGAACAAAAGCGCAGUAUGAAGAAUGUAAUGAGGUUGAAACUGAGAGUGGUGAUAAAGAAGAUCCAGUUAAGACAUUAAGGCCACUUAUUGUCCUACAGACAUUUAAGAAAUAUGGCGACCCCCUUGCAUUAUCGAGGACUUUGCAAACUGUUGAGCCCAGAUUUGUCAUUAUGUAUGAUGCUGACAUGGCUGCUGUGAGACAUCUUGAGGUGUAUCAAAGCAGACAUCCAGAAAUUCAGCUGCGUGUGUAUUUCCUGAUGUAUGGUGGGUCGGUGGAAGAACAGGCUUUUCUUACAUCCUUACGACGUGAGAAAGGGGCCUUUGACUUCCUUAUCAAGGAGAAAGCG